GGCGCAUUAGACAUUUACCAAAUCACUCUCGACUCAGUCUCACUCUCACCGCGCAUUCUUCCUUUCUGGGUUUUCACUUUUCAGUUCUCUCAAGGUGGAAAACCAUGACCCUAUCCAUAUCCAAUCUUCUAUCUCCCCCAACGCCUCUUAGCUUCUCUAACAAACGUCUCUCUCUCAAGCAGUCGUCACCUCUCUCUUUUACCAGUUUCACCAAGGAGCUAAGAAACAAAGCAAAACCCGGAAGAAGACUCUCCUCCAUCACGGCCAAAAACAAUGGUGGCAACGACACAGCUGAUGCCCCAGAUCGUAUAAUUUCAGCUGUCUGCUACUUCUAUCCUUUCUUUGACGGCAUACAGUAUGGAAAGUAUGUUAUCACUCAAUUCUCUCCCAUUCAAACCCUUAUACAGCCUUUGGUGCCAGCUAUAAGGGUUUUUAAGAGCUUUCCAUUUAAUGGGUUUUUGGUGUUUUUGACUCUCUAUUUCGUUGUUGUGAGGAAUCGCAAUUUUAGUAGAUAUGUGAGGUUCAAUACUAUGCAGGCUAUAGUGUUGGAUGUGUUGUUGAUAUUCCCAGAUCUUUUGAAGAGGACCUUUAACCCAAGAGGGCGGUUGGGGCUUGAUUUGGUGAUGAGUUUGGACAGCACUGUGUUCUUGUUCCUUUUGAUUAGUUUGAUUUAUGGGUCAUCUACUUGCUUGCUGGGUCAGGUGCCCAGGUUACCGAUUGUUGCUGAGGCAGCUGAAAGGCAAGUUCCUUUUUGAGCACUCACCAUUUUGGAUUUCCUGUACUGUGUUUCUGUAAUUAGUAGCAAGUACUAGUAUGGAAAUGUUAUUAAAGUCUGCACCCUAGUUACUUGCUCAGAAAAUGAAGCAAAUGCUGUAAUAUAAAGCUAGUAGUUAACUAGUUAUACUGUGACUAUUUUUUUAAUUGAACCGGAAAUGAUCAAUUCUUUGCCUUAAAGUGAGUGCCGCAAUAAUU